CUGCCGCUUUUAAUAUUUCAGCAAUUGUAGAUAAAAAUGCAGAUAUUGUCUUUUAAUUUUUUUUUAUAUACCAUUAGUGGUAUGUGGCGACCAAUCGAGUGGUCUUCGAAAUGUUCCAAGAUGCUGUAUAGUAUGCUCACUUGUUUCACGAUGUAUUUACUAAUAAUUUUCACGCUGACUCAAUUGCUGGAUAUUAUCCUUGUUAUUGAUAACAUGGACGAUUUUGCCAAGAAUUCUUUAAUGUUUCUUUCGAUUAUUAGUGUAUUAUUUAAGGCAAUUGCUGUUAUAACACGUCGAGAUGAACUUAUUAAUUUGAUUAAGACUCUACAAAAGAAACCUUGCAAAGCUUACAAUGAAGAGGAGAACGACAUUCAGUUGAAAUUCGAUUGUAUGAUCAGAUCAUAUUCCAUAAAGUACACAUCUCUGGCAUCAUUUUCUGUCACUGGUGGCAUAAUAGGAGGUUUGCUAAAUACUUUAGAGGGUCAAUUACCCUUUAGAAUGUGGGUACCAUACGAUUAUACCUCGCCCUUUUUAUUUUGGCUUACAUCAAUUCAAGAGUUGGUGGCUACACUUUUUGCCACAAUUGUAAAUGUUGCGACGGAGACUACAGUAUUGGGAUUUUGCUUACAAAUAUGCGCACAAAUUGAGAUUUUGAAACAUCGCCUGCAAAAAAUGAUGAAGUCCAGUAAGAAAGAGAAAACUCUCAUUUCGCUGAAUGAUGCUUCAAAUGGAACAGACAGAUUUUCGGAACAUAUUUUACAUCAUCUAUGUAUAAUCAGACUUGCCAAAAUUAUCAAUAAGGUAUUCAGCCAAGUGAUAUUUGUCCAAUUUUUCGCCAGCAUAUUGGUAUUGUGCACAAGUCUGUAUCAUUUAUCUUCUCAUGUGACAAUUAUAGACAUCAUCAGCUUGAUUAUCUAUGUACUUUGCAUGUUUGUCCAAAUUUUUGUUUACUGUUGGGCUGGAAACGAAGUUAUACUUAAGAGUACUGGAUUGAGUGAAGCUGUAUAUGAAAUGGAUUGGAUAUUGAUGCCAAUUAAUAAGCAAAAAGAUCUAUUGAUGAUUAUGAAACGUAGUACACGUCCUAUCAAGUUUACCAGUAGCUUCUUGGUGACAUUAUCUUUGGAGUCUUACGGCAGUCUUUUGAAAGCAUCUUACUCUGCAUUUAAUCUUUUGCAACAAUCUUAAAAUUUUAUUUACUCUUUUGCAAUAUAUUAUGUAUAUGCGCACUUAUCAUAAAU